AUGACAAUCGACACGAAGCAGACGCAGGAUGCGUCUUUGUCCCUCACUUUCAUGCAACCAGCGCGACUGCCUAUGGUGCUGCCAAGAACAAAGUACGCACCCGAGUUCGACGGAAAAUGCUUACAAGAUUUUCUAGAUGCAUUUGAAGAUGCGGCGAACGCGUCGCGGCUGACCGACAAGGAGAAGUGCCGACGAGUAGUGCAGUUCUGCACAGACAAGGUAAGGAAGGUACUCAUAUGCAGGAGCGAGUUCGAGGGCAGCGAUUGGGAAGCGGCGAAGAAACGGAUGACCAGAACCUACGGCACAGGUCAGCAAGGCGAACUCGGGUCAGCAGCCGAACUCCGGGCGUUCGUCGAGAAGUACCGGAAGAAGAAGAUCACCAAUCUCCGAGAGUACUACAAAUACGUACAACGCUUCACCAAGCACGCGGGCAAUCAGCCGAUCCGGCAUGCGAUUUACCCGAAGCUCAAGGAGGAGAUGGGUAGGGAACCGACAAUGAUAGAUCCUGCCACCGUCCAACAGGUCGAAGACGCGGUCGAGGCGUAUUUCACGGCCGAUCACUACAACCGCGAGGACAACAGCUCAGACUCGGACUCCAGCGACGCGGAGUCGACCUCGAGCGAUGACGACGACGGAAAGGGCAAGUCGAAAAGCAAGACGAAGGGUAAGGCGGGGAAACAGGAUGCGGACGCUAACCUCGCAGCUCUCCUUCUCGACAAGGUCGAUAAGGCGCUCGUGGAGAACCAGAAGAUGCAGACCGCACUCUUGGAGAGUCAGGCGAAGCAGCAAGCCGUGUUCGCGGACACGCUGGCGCGAAUGCAGAUAGGCUCGGCAAGCGCGUCUACAAACGCGACGCAGCAAGGAUGCGGCGUCGCCGGAGGUAUCUCGACGCUUAUCCAACAGCGACUCGACAUCCAGGCUGGGAAGGGCAAGGCACGCGACACACCACCACACCUUGCGGCAUCAACGCACUCGAUCGAGCUGUACGUGGAUGACGAGCCCAUGCUCGGCGGUAACGUUUACGCUGUCUCGUCUGAGGAUGUUUAUGCUUUCUCUGCUACCAGGUCGCAGACUCGAAUGCAAGGCUCGGUCAAGGACGUCGAACAGGAGAAGGACGUGCCUCCAGAGGCACUCAAGACGAUGAGGUUCGACUUCCGGCACGUCACCGACAAUGAAGACAGCGCGCCGCCGAAAGUAAAGCCACCCCCACCCGUUCAAGUCCAGCAGCCCGCCCCGACGCAACUCACCAAGGACAAGACGAAGACGGCGCAAGCAAGUGAUCCGACUCCGCCGAAGGUCGACACCGAGUACGGAUUGAUGGAACACGAGUCACAGGAGAAGCAGUGUGUAGCGAGUUAG